AGCACACAACAGGAGCACAUCUCAGAGAAGGAUCAACCAGAAAAACAUGAAGACUUUACUUAUUUUCGCUCUGGUCUUAAUGGCCUUCUAUCAGCCAGCUGAAAAUGUUACAGUCGAGGAGGGCGAAUUCUCUUUUCCCUUGGAAAUGGUGAAGAAACUGAAGGACUUUCUGGACCAGGAGCCAGCAGUUAAACAGAACUCUCGUAUCGGCCUUAUCAACACAGCAACUAUGUGUAACCACCCCGGCUUCCCCGAGGAAUUCAAACCCUUGUGUCAAAGCAAAAACGCAAAGGCUUCCCUCACCAGACUGGCAAUGAUCACAUCCCGCAUGGAUGCCUGCGAGAUCUGCGCUUAUGUUGCCUGCACUGGCUGCUGAUGGGCUGACACUGGACAUGUCUACAGACUGCUGUUUUGGCCUCUUAUGAAACCUUCCAUUUACCUUUUGCCAAACUGCAACUUGCUGUUGAUUUCAUACUUCAAAAGUGAACUCUUGGCAUAUACAUAUGGUUACUAUAUGGGUUAUUACCAAGUGUUAAUAUUUAUCUGAUACCUUGCAUACUCCUUAAAGGAGUAAUCAUUCAAAUACGUGCUUUCCUGCAUUUCCUGCUCCCAUUCCCCAUUCUGUGUGUAAAUAUAUAUGAGAAACUUGCUAUUGUCACCUGUUGUUUUCUAUCAUUUUAGUUGUAUGUAUAGUUUUUGCUCUGUUCUGUUAAAAAA